CACACACAGACAGGGAGAGACGGGACAGAGCGGUGCAGGAGCCCCGCAGCCCGGACGGAGUUAGCGAUCCCCAGCCCCCGCUGCCUCCCUGCGCUCACACACCGAGGGAGAUGUCUGCACACGGGCCGAGCCCCACUGCCCGCUCGCUGGCUGCGGCCGCUGCUCCAGCCCCGAAAGCAAAGCUCACUCACCCCGGCAAAGCCAUCCUGGCAGGUGGGAUUGCGGGAGGCAUUGAAAUCUGCAUCACCUUCCCGACUGAAUAUGUGAAGACUCAGUUGCAACUGGAUGAGAAAGCGAACCCUCCGAGGUAUAAGGGAAUCGGUGACUGUGUGAAACAGACGGUGCAGGACCAUGGGGUAAAGGGGCUUUAUCGUGGCUUGAGCUCGCUGCUGUAUGGCUCUAUCCCCAAGGCAGCUGUCAGGUUUGGGACAUUUGAAUUCCUGAGUAACCAAAUGCGAGAUGCUCAGGGGAAGCUGAGUAGCCAGCAGAGCCUGCUGUGUGGCCUGGGGGCUGGGGUCUCUGAGGCCAUAUUGGUCGUGUGUCCGAUGGAGACUGUGAAGGUGAAGUUCAUCCAUGACCAGUGCUCUCCGAAUCCGAAAUACCGGGGAUUUUUCCAUGGGGUCCGAGAAAUAGUCCGUGAGCAGGGUCUGAAAGGCACCUAUCAGGGGUUAACAGCGACUAUCCUGAAGCAGGGAUCGAACCAAGCCAUCCGGUUCUUUGUCAUGACCUCGCUGAAGAACUGGUACAAAGGGGAUAACCCAGCCAAGGAGAUGAACCCGGUCGUCACCGGUUUAUUUGGGGCCGUCGCCGGCGCUGCCAGUGUGUUUGGUAACACCCCCCUGGAUGUGGUGAAAACCAGAAUGCAGGGUCUGGAAGCUCAUAAAUACAGGAACACCUGGGACUGUGCCUUCAAAAUAAUGAAGUAUGAAGGUCCCUUGGCUUUGCCGGCAUCAUCGGGGAUUCACUGGACCGAAAAUGUGCAAAUGGAUCCAAAUCCUGGGAUCCCAGAAUGGUGACAGUGCAAAAAGAGGCCAUUCGACCCGUCACAAUCUGCACGAGUAAUAAUUCAUAUUGUUACACUUAAUAUUGUCCGUUUCAAGUGAGUACCCAACAUUAUCUCAACUGAGAGAGAUAAUGGGAGCUGCAGAUGCUGGAGGAUCCAAGAUAAUAAAGUGUGAAGCUGGAUGAACACAGCAGGCCAAGCAGCAUCUCAGGAGCACAAAAGCUGACGUUUCGGGCCUAGACCCUUCAUCAGAAAAACAGAAAAGCUCAUCAGGUCUGGCAGCAUCUGAAAAGGGGGAAAGAAAGCUAAUGUUUGGUUAAUGUUUGGGUCCGGUCCCCAG